UUUCAGGUGAUUAUGGCCUCGCAAGACAGCGAUGAGGCUUUGCCAGCAAAUUAUAAAGAUUAUCCGGAUGGAUCUCUCCUUCGCGUUGUAUUUCAUAAUUUUCUAACAUACGAACACACCUCAUUCCUUCCAACUGCAAGUCUGAAUAUGAUUUUGGGACAUAAUGGAAGUGGAAAAAGUUCGAUUAUUUGUGGAAUUUGUCUGGCUUGCGGCGGAAGUCCGAAAUCAUUGGGAAGAUCAGAGAGAAUCGUGGAAUAUAUUAGACAUGGAUGCACAGAAGGAUACGUUGAAAUUGCAAUUGCUGACAAACAAAAAGGUCCACAAGUUGUUCGCUUAACGAUUCGAGUGGGAGAGCAGCCGAAAUAUCGUUUAAAUGAUAGUGCAACAACACAAAGUGAAAUCGCCGAUCUAAGAAAGCAUUACAAUAUUCAAAUUGACAAUCCGUGUGCAUUUCUUGCUCAAGACAAAGUCAAGAGUUUUUCCGAGCAAUCGUCUAUUGAAUUGUUAAGAAAUACAGAAAAAGCUGCGUCGGCUGAUCUCGAUCAACAACACAUAGAUCUCAUGAAACAGCGAGAAGACUCGACUUCAAUUGAGGAUAAAUGUACAACAUCUGAAAAUGCAAUUAAACGAUUAGAAGAUGAAAUUGGUAAAAUUAUGCCACUCGUUGAGAACUAUCGAAAGAAGUUAGCUCUCCAGUCAAAACUCCGUUUGCUCGAAAAGAAAAUGAAAAUUAUGGAAUUUGAAAAGUUCGAUCGGGAGUAUAAAGCUGAGUUGCAAAACAUGGAUGGAGCAAUGAUAGAGUAUCGAGAAGUCGAGAAAAGUAUUGCAGAAUGCGAAAAGCACAGAAAAAAUUUGGAAGAUCGGAUUAAAAAAGACAGAAGUCAAAUCAGUCAGAUGCAACGUUCUUGUAACGAAAUCCUUGCAAAAGUCCAAGAGAAAGGAGAUAAAAAGUUGAUGGAAGAUAUGAUGCAACGUGCUAAAGCAAAAUUGGAAUCGGCGAAAAAAGCAGCAGAUCAACAUGAAAAAGAUGUCGAAAAAGCUCGAAAAAUGAUUGAUCAAGCUCGAGCGAGACUUCAGGAAGCCGUUGAUACUCUUAAUGGAUACGAAGAGUUUCAAUCCGAAAUGAAGAGUUUAGAGCAAAAGUAUUCGACUGCUGAACGUGACAGUCGUCAAGAAGAAGAUGCAAUUCAAAAGAAAUCAUAUGAAAUGCGGCAGCUGGAAAAUAAAAAACGAGACGAAGAACAGAAUUCUCAGUUAAAUCGACAAGAUCGAUAUCGCGUUCUUCAAAAUUUCAGCAGUGAUGCCUCGAAAGCCUAUCGCUGGUAUCAACAGAAUCGAAGUCAAUUCAAAGGAGACGUAUAUAUGCCCAUUAUGGAUAUGGUUCUCAAAACUCCAGAAGCGGCAAAAGCUCUUGAGAACAGUGUUGGUGUUCGUGAUCGUACUAUGUUCGUUUGCUGUUAUAAGGAAGAUGAACUUUUGAUCAACGGAAAACAACAUUCAUGGCGUAUUAACACUUCAGUGGUCCCUGCUGAAAAAAUCUAUUCUGAAGAUAUCGAUGCUCAGCUUCCAUCUGAACUUUCUCGUCUUGGAUUUAAAUAUCUCGUUUCUAAUUGCUUUGAUGCUCCUGCCCCACUCAAACAAUUCUUAUGCAAUGUCAGCGGUUUGAAUAGAAUUCCAUUCGGAGGAUCUGAUGUUGAGAAAAAGAUCGCUGAAGUAUCGCAAGCGAUCGAACAAACGAGAUAUUCAGUUUUUUUGACAGCCAAUAUUAGAUGUCAAAACUCGAAAUCCAGAUAUGCAAAUAACACUCUUCAAUCUCAAUCGGCCACACGCGAAGCAAAUACAUGGCGAGACCAGUUCUUCAAAGUUUCUCCAGUUGCGAAGAGAACCGACAACAGUAUUCUUGAAGAAAUUCAAAAACUGAAAGCAGAAAUCGAUAUUCGAUCUGAACAACUACGAGAGAAACGUGGAGCAAUUCAGAAGGAACGAGAUGUUUUACGUCAAGAGCAAAUGCAAUGGAAGUCGAAGAAACAAGUUCAUACUAAAUGGAAAACAGAAUUGGCGAGUGAAAUGGCAAAAUUGGAAGCUCUCGAAAAUGAAGUUGUUGAUAUUUCUGCAAUUGAAGAAGAGUAUGCGAAUGUGGAAAAGAAGGCGAUUCUUGAGACGAAAAAGAUGCUGGAGAACAGUAUUCGGUGGCAUAAAGAAAUCAUCGACAAGCAUCGUUUAAUUGGAAUUUUCGAGCUGAGUGAAUCCAUAUGCAAAUCGAGAGUGAAUAAAUCAAAUUCGGAAGCUGAAACCCAUCGAUCGAAGCUUGAAGAUUUGAAAAGCGUCAAAGAUGCUGCUGAAGAUCUACUGAAGACUGCGUUGAAUCACAAGAAAGCAGCAGCAAGUGCAUUGAUGAAGGAAUGUUCUUUGAAAACUUUAGACGAAUCGAAAAUGAGUCCCGCUGAAAAUAAGAUUUAUUCAUCUUUAGUUAAAAUGUUCGAGGAAGCUGAUGUUCCGACUGAUAUGAAUACUCUGGAUCAAGCAAUCACUUCAGAGAAAACCCGUUUGAAACUUGCUGAAGAUAGCGGCGAAGAUGGUUCAAUCGUGCAUGAACAGAGAUUAAAAGUUCUUGAUGAUGAUCUCGUUUUGGAAAAAACGCGUCAAGAGAAGCUUAUUGAAAACCGUGCACGUAUCCACGAUAAACUAGGUGAUGAGAUCAACAAUUGGCGUAAGGAAGUUGAGACAAUGAUUGAACAAAUCAAUGUAAACUACGUUCAAUUCUUUGAUUCUCUUGGUUGUCGCGGAGAAGUUAGUCUUGAAGUUCCCGAAAAUCCACUGGAUAUUGAAAAAUAUGGAAUCAUGAUUAUGGUGUGCUUCCGCAAAGGAGAAAGUAUGAAACGUCUUGACAAUAAAGUUCAAUCUGGAGGUGAACGAAGUGUGGCUACGAUGCUUUAUCUUCUGGCUCUACAACAAUUAUGCCCAGUUCCAUUCAGAUGUAUUGAUGAGAUUAAUCAGGGAAUGGAUCCUACAAACGAACGGAAAGUGUUUGAUAUUAUGGUUGGAAUGUGGAAUGGAACCACUGGAACACUUUCCAAAACUCAAUACUUUUUGCUCUCUCCAAAACUUCUUCAUGGUUUGGAUAUGCGCGAAAAUGUGAACAUUGUUAUGGUGAAUAGUACACUCACCAAUUCUCAUGGAAAGCAUUACGACACCAGUGCCAAGAUAGAUGCGACAUUUGCAAAAAUGGGAAUCAGUGCAUGAAACGAGUUAUUCUAAAAACGGCGUCCCAGACAUGAUCUCUACUGAACUUCUCGGAAUUCUCAUUCUUUAUUGCUUUCUUUUCCAAGUUCUCUAAUUUUUUUAAUACUAGGAAUAAAUACAUUGUUCAUAAAUAUUUAUACAUAAACUCUAGUACGAAAA